GAUACUCUGACACCGUUGUCGUCCACAUUGGAAACUGCACUCAACAGACAGCAUGCACGAGGACCGGGAUCUGCAUUGCCGAAGCAUGGCUUACAAGGCGGGGAAUAUUGGAAGAGGACAUGCACGAUCCUCCAGCCGUCACACGACAGAGAUAAAGCCAUCAUUGUCCUCCUCCGUCUGCAUAAUGGACGUUCGGUAUUCUUCACCCUCUUUUGCUGGCCCAAAACUUUUCACAGCCUGUCUUCCAAUUGAUUGGUAGCGUAAAAACAAGCGGCAUCUCAUGUCGGAACACAGUCAGAUCAGUCCAAUCAGAAGUCCAAUUUUUAGUCGUCAAUCCUAUCUCAAGAUGGGCCGAGAACAAAGCGGACUUCAGGUCGCGUCUGUAUCUACUCCGGACUACUCUUUGCCGCAGCCUGAAGACCGAUCCUCGUCAUUGCCGGAAUUGGACAAGAGCGCAAUGCACUCGAAUGUCUCGUAUUACCACAAUAGCAUCAAUUCGCCUGGCCUUCAUCCAGCGUACACCAUGUCGGAGAAGGAAGUUGCUGAGCCAGACCGACGACAUCGUAUUUGCGGAAUGUCGCCCCUGUUCUACAGCAUCUUGGUCGCAUCCAUCACAGCGAUCGUCGUCGGCGUCGCAGUCGGGGUUGGCGUUGGUACUCAAUUGUCUCAAGCAAUGCAGCAGCGCACAUGCAGCAGCAGCGUUCCUACGGUGACCCAGACUGUGACGGCGACUGCCACCAUUCCAUUCGCCGCUGCAAGCACCACACAAGGAGGGUACUACAUAGACUAUACUGCUGUACGUCCCGCUCUGGUGGCUUCGUUGCAGGACGCCUGUCCUAUCAAUGGCGGCCAGAAUUUUACUGCAUCGCACGGAUCGAUUUUCUCGAGGAAUUGUACUGGAGGUUGGAAUGGUGGUGACCUUGCGACGAUCUGGGCUUAUUCGCACGAGGACUGUAUCGAUGCGUGUGAGGCAAUCAACCACCGCAAUGCCACGGCGAAGUGCACCAAGGUCCAAUGGGAUCGGUACAUGAGGAACGCUGCGCAGUGGUACGGAAAUUGUUACCUGAAGAGCGAUAAUGCACAACCGCAGGGACCGGCCCCGGGGCAGAUUUCGGCGAUAUUAAUGGGCUGAGCGAUUGUUAGCUUCAUGACAUCGCACCAUGAUGCUGUCCAUCGCAGCCAGGGUGAUUCAGCGCCUCACUAACGAAUUUUAUUUUGCUUACAGCGAUUCAUCAUUCCAC